AGGCGGGUUCUAGUUGCCUAGAAACAAGGAAACAAAACAGCACAGCGAUGACUGCGUGUGCGCCGAGCAGUGUUUAACCCCCCCCACGCAGACUCCUCUGGAUCAAAUACCCACACGAGGCUCGGCGGGAUCAAAUACUUCAAAGUACAUGUACGAGUAUUCAUCGUGCGCCGAGCGUGUGGGUGGAAGUCCGCCAGCCAACGAGCGACGCAGCGAGCCGUAUCGCGAGAAGCCGCGAGAACAUGGAGGCAAGACAACAAAAAUAAAUUUGUGGACAACAAGCCAGAGUGCAUGAUGGCGGCGUCGCAGCCGCUGCGCCGGGACAAGAGCGCCACCGCCGCCCACCUGAAGGCAGACUUGGCCCGGACCGACACUUCCAGCGGGCUCCGUCAACUGCAGGAGCUGCUCGACGUCGUGCUGAAUCCCGAGAAUCCCGCGGCGGACACGGAGGCGCUCGACUGGUGCAAAUGUCUGAUCGCGGGGGGCGAAGGUUUCGAGGAGUUCUGCAAAACGGUCCGGUCCUAUGACAACGCGACCCUGUGCGGCUUGGUGUGGACCGCCAACUUCGUGGCGUACCGAUGCCGGACGUGCGGCAUCUCCCCGUGCAUGUCCCUGUGCGCCGAGUGCUUCAACAACGGCGACCACACGGGCCACGACUUCAACAUGUUCCGGAGCCAGGCCGGCGGGGCCUGCGACUGUGGAGACGGGAAUGUCAUGCGGGAGAGCGGAUUUUGCAGACGACAUCGGCUGAGAACCGGAGAAAAUGUCCCCUCAAUACCUCGAGACCUUCUCUUGAUGUCUGAGAUGGUUCUUCCUCGUUUUAUCCUGUGUAUCAUACAGUAUCUGAGGGAUGGAUACGUCGAACAAGACACUGCAGCUGAGAGAGAUCUACAGAAGGUCCUGCAGCAGCUGGAGCCUCAGAUCUCUUUCCUGGAGGAGCUCACGAAGAUGGGAGGUGCAAUGAGGACUGUACUGACGAAGAUCUUGACCAAUCAGCAAACCUUCAAGGAGUUGAGCAUGGGCCAGGAGGAGAAUUUGUACGCCAAAAAGAACUAUGACAAGUAUUUGUCAGCGUUAAAGAAUUCAGGUCUGGUGUCUGUGGAGGAGAAGGCCCAAGGUGCUACUGCUGAUGUCUCUGUUGGUGCCGAGGGAGGUGCAGGUGCAUUGGCCCUGUUGGGAACGACUGCACCAGGGAGCCCGGAUGAGUCGAGUAAAGAGGAAGACCCAGAUUCAGGGCAAUCUGUUGGCCAGAGGAAGAGGGUUAAGCUGAGUAGCAGUACCAAAGACCCACGGAUUAUUGAAUCUCUAAAGCAUAAGUGCUUUCUGGAGGAGUUGCUGUUUUGGACAAUAAAAUACGAGUUUCCUCAGAAGAUGGUCACCUUCUUACUAAACAUGUUGCCAGAUCAAGAUUACAAGAUCACUUUUACAAAAACAUUUGUUCAGCAUUAUGCAUUCAUCAUGAAAACGCUGAUGAAAAGCCAUGAGUCCGAUACCAUGUCCAACCGCAUUGUGCAUAUUAGUGUGCAGCUGUUUAGCAACGAGGAACUGGCUCGACACGUGACAGAGGAGUGUCAGCUGCUGGACAUCAUGGUCACCGUCCUCCUCUACAUGAUGGAGAGCUGCCUUAUUAAAAGUGAACUUCAAGAUGAAGAGCACAGUCGUCAUGUUGUGGUGAACUGUAGUGAGGCACUGCUGAAGAACAACACCUACUGGCCAUUAGUUAGCGAUUUUAUCAACAUCCUCUCACACCAAAGUGUAGCGAAAAAGUUCCUGGAGGACCAUUCAUUGUUGAUGCUCUGGAUGAGCUUCGUGUCAUUUUUUCAAGGUAUGAACCUGAACAAGCGGGAGUUGAAUGAACAUGUGGAAUUUGAGUCGCAGACAUACUAUGCAGCAUUUGCAGCAGAACUCGAGGCAUGUGCACAACCAAUGUGGGGUCUCUUAACGCACUGCAAAGUCAAAGAGACUCAGGAAUAUACUAAAACUGUGGUACGCUACUGUUUGGAGACCCUGCAGAUCUGGUUUGAUGCCAUUGGCUUCAUUGACGAGCCUUCUCCAAAUCAAGUGACAUUUCACCUGCCACUGCACCGCUACUAUGCUAUGUUCCUCAGUAAGGCUAUAAAGUGCCAAGGCUUGGACCUGGACAGCCUCCUGCCUGACCAAGAGAUGCUGAUGAAGAUCAUGGUGCAUCCACUCCAAAUCCAGGCAAGCCUGUCAGAGAUCCACAGCAACAUGUGGGUCAGGAAUGGGCUGCAGAUCAAGGGGCAGGCUAUGACCUACGUACAGUCCCACUUCUGCAACUCCAUGAUUGACCCAGACAUCUAUUUGCUCCAGGUUUGUGCAUCGAGGCUGGACCCAGACUACUUCAUCUCAAGUGUUUUUGAGAGGUUUAAAGUGGUUGACCUGCUAACUAUGGCGUCUCAGCAUCAGAAUGCUGUGUUAGACUCUGAGCAGGAGAGGCCAAUGCUUGAAGGAGCUCUGACCUUCCUGGUCAUACUGACGAGCCUUCGCAUACAUUUGGGGAUGACGGACGAUGAGAUCCUUCGGUCUGAGAUGGUCUCACAGCUGUGUAUGAAUGACCGUACACACAGCGCGCUGUUAGAUCUUAUUCCCGAGAACCCCAACCCAAAGAGUGGCAUUGUCCCGGGGAGCUGUAGUUUUGAAGAGAUGCUCUCUGCUGUGGCCGACUUCAAAGCACCAGUGUUUGAGCCUGGAGGCUCUAUGCAGCAGGGCAUGUACACACCGAAAGCGGAGGUGUGGGAAAAGGAGUUUGACCCCAUCAUGGUCGUUCUCAGAACAGUGUAUCGGCGUGACGUCCAGUCGGCGAUGGACAGAUACUCUGCAUUUUUGAAACAGUCUGGCGUUCACACCGGCAAUCCAUGGCCACCCUACAAGGAGAGGACUCCUCUGCACCCAUGUUACAAAGGCCUCAUCAAGCUGCUGCACUGCAAGACACUGCACAUUGUGAUAUUCACUCUGCUCUACAAGAUCUGGAUGGAUCAUCAGAACAUGUCCGAGCAUGUGCUGUGCAUGGUGCUGUACCUGAUUGAGUUGGGCUUGGACAACCAAGUUCAAGACAACAAGGAAGACGAGGAGCCUUGCAUUGAGGAGCACUGCCAUGACAGCUGGUUCCCUGGCACCAAUCUCCUCUCCAACCUUCACCAUGUCAUCAACUUCGUGAGGGUUCGGGUUCCUGAGACGGCUCCUGAAGUGAAGCGAGAGGCCCCACCCAGCACCAGCUCUGAAGCUUCUUCUUAUGGCCAGAACUCCAGACGUCUUACAGGCAAUUGGAGAGAGAACCUGCGUGAAGCUCAGGUCUUCAGCCUUGUGGCGGAGCGCAGGAGGAAGUUCCAGGAGAUCAUCAACCGCAGCAACACAGAAGCCGCCCAGGUUGUCAGGCCCAAGAGCUCCUCAACGCGCUGGGUCCCGCCGGGCACACCCCCCCAGCUGGUGACAGAAAUCCUGGAGAUCAGAGAAAGCAUGCUGUCCCUCCUCAUCAAGCUCCACCAGAAAAUGUCGUCAAGACAGAACUCUCUGUCGGCAUCCUGGCUAGAGGAUAUGGACACGAGCCGUCACGCUCAUGGAGACGGUAUUACAGCCAUUGAGCGUAUCCUCACCAAGGCAGCCACCCGCAGCUGCCAAAUCAAGCGUAGCAUUCAGGACAUUUGUGGAAAGGUGUGUCCUCCAGUGCCACCAAAAAAGAACAGUCCCACUGACAAGAAAGCCAUGGAUAAAGAAGAGAGACGUCAGAGGGCCAGAGAGAGGCAACAGAAGCUGCUUGCUGAAUUUGCCUCCAGGCAGAAGAGCUUCAUGGAAACAGCUAUGGAUGUUGAACCCCCUGACACCGAGGCAGCCAUGGAUCUAGGAGCGUCCGAAGUGAUGGAGUCUGAGGUUCUUUAUGACUGCGUCAUCUGUGGCCAGAGUGGACCUUCCACCGAGGACCGUCCCACUGGACUAGUAGUUCUUCUGCAGGCAUCCUCAGUGCUCGGGCAUCGCUGCAAAAACAAAGAGGCUAAGAAGCUACCGACAAGCGAUGAAGAGCACAUCUACCCUGCAGACACGUGUGGAGUGGCUCAUGAUGUCAGACUCACGCUAAUGCAGCGGUUCUUUAAAGAUAGUUCUUGUCUGCAGUCUGUGUCGAUUGGCUGGGACGGGGGCGUCUAUGUCCAGACCUGUGGACACACUUUGCAUAUAGAUUGCCACAAGUCAUACAUGGAGUCUUUGAGGAAUGACCAGGUGCUCCAGGGUUUCUCUGUUGACAAGGGUGAAUUCACUUGCCCACUCUGUCGACAGUUUGCCAAUAGUGUCCUUCCCUGUCGCCCCGGGCGGAGCACGGAGGCCGGUGCCUGGCACGCACCCACAAACAAGAAGAUGUGUGUGCUCGUAAAGGAGGUCGAAGAUCUUCAGGAUAAACUUGGCCUUUUCCCUACUGAGACCAACUUGAGUAAAGAGAUGGAGUUGGUUAUCAAAGACAUCAAGAACACCACUCAGAAGAAAUAUAUGGACUAUGGCAAGAACCCUGCCUCCCCCGACAACGAUUUCCUCUUCAUGUACUCAGUGGCAAGGACCAACCUGGAGUUGGAGCUUGUGCAUCGGGGAGGAAACUUGUGCUCUGGAGGAGCCAGUGCAGCUGCCAAACGCUCAUGUCUCAAUCAGCUGUUCCAUGUGCUGGCCAUGCACAUGCGUCUGUACAGCAUUGAUUCCGCCUACAACCCCUGGACGAGGCUGACUCAGAUUACACAAAACAAAGAGGCAGAUAGCUUCGAUGACGAGCGACCGGAGGUGCCGAUGCUGUUUCGAGAUGUCCCGUCCCUCCUGAUUAUCUUUGUGCUAACGAUGCCACAGCCUCUGCGAAAAGAACACUUCACCUGUGUAGUGAAGAUGCUGUACAACCUGCAGUUUAUCCAGGCUGUGGCUGCACUGUCGACCAGGCUCAGCCCAGAGGAGCGGCAGGCCUGGAGCACAUCUGGAGCACUGAAGAAGAAUGCUGCAAAUGCUGACACGUCUUUUGAAGUGCUGCUCAGUCACGCUAUCGGCGAGCUCUCCACAGACAAGGGUGUCUACGAUGUGAACGCUGAAGAAACGUCAAUGCUGAGCUCCAGUGUGUGGUCCCCGCAGUCCAUCGAGUUCAGCCUCCAGCAGUUCUGCCUGCCUUUCCUUCGCCUCUCCUGCCUCCUGCAGCAUCACCUCUACGGAGAUAACCUCACCGGCUGCUCGGAGGAGGAGGAGUUCUCGUCCUUGGCUGUGUGUUUGGGGCUCUUACCCUCGGCCCCUCAGCCCUCCAACACUGUGCACAGUGCCUCAUGCCUGGAGUGGGCGGUCAGCGCCUUCGACUCGGUGACACAGUGGUGUGCCGAGGUCAGAGGGCUCACUCACAUGCAGGCUGAGCAGUCAUUGACCUUGCUGGACCAGGAUCCCCAGUGGGCAGCCUCUCGCCUUUUGCAGCUACCCGACAACUACAAUAUCAUCUUCCAGUACUAUCACAGGAAGGCCUGCACUUCCUGCAAGAAGGUGCCAAAAGACCCCGCACUCUGCCUCGUUUGUGGCGCCUUCGUCUGUCUCAAGGGCGUGUGUUGCAAGCAGCAGGGUGUUUGUGAGUGUGUGUCGCACUCCCAGCAUUGUGGCGCAGCUACAGGCAUCUUCCUACUGAUCAAUGCCUCCGUCAUCAUCAUCAUCCGGGGACAUCGUUUCUGCCUGUGGGGUUCUGUUUACCUCGACGCCCACGGAGAGGAGGACCGCGAUUUACGCCGUGGCAAGCCUCUCUUCUUAUGUGAGGAGAGGUAUCGAGUGUUGGAGCAGCAGUGGGUUUCACACACCUUUGAUCACAUCAAUAAGCGUUGGGGGCCUCACUAUAAUGGACUCUAAGAUCCUCCAAAGUCCACCGAAGAAAGCAACCCAUGACGGAGGAGAGUUUCUUUUUUUUCUGGCUUACGUGUCUGCCUCGAUCAAAACAUUUGGGAACUUUUAACGUGAUUAAAAAAACAAACAUUCGGUGAGGGCUUUGCUGCCACAGCCUUGGUUUAUGUGAAGUUUGGUGUACAAUCAUACCUAAGGAUUAACACUUGUGUGUGUUUAAGUGAUUUAUUGUGUGGUUUUCGACAGGGAAAAAACUUAAUUUGGUAAGAUCAAAGUAAAAAAAAGAAGAAAAAAAAAAAAGCACAAAUUUGCCCAGAAUUUAAAUUGGUGUGGAGCAGGCAUUUGAAGCCUGUCAUAUUUAUUGGGGUUAAAAACUAUAUAUCAAGUGCUAAAUGUCCCUGCAAAGUUUGAUUACAUUUAUUUUUUGCAAAAAUCAUGAUGAUGUUAGUGCUUAUCCCUUUUAUUUAUCAAAAUGUGCUCUGCUGUGCUGGCAUGAGUUUCAAGCUCCUGAUGAGCGUAGCGAUGUAUUUGCAAUGUGCACUCAUUGUGUGCUGACGUGAUUCUAGGCAGGACAAGUCCACCCAUCAACACACUAUAAAGUUUCUUUUUGCAAACCAGCAAAGACUCUUUUUAUGGGUCUAGUUGCAAAAUCCAUCCUCAGGAAUUUCUUUUUUUUUGUUUUGUUGCUGUUAAAAAUACAUUUUAGAUAUUUAAAUAAAUGCUGCUGCUCAUUGUUGAAGUAAGUAAUUUUAACUUUUGUGAAGAUUUUUUUUUUUUUCUAAAGUUGGGCUUUGAGUUUACAGUAGAUGGCUGGGAACGUUGACUCAAAGUCACUUUAAUGUUUAAGGAAGUGUGCGGUCACUUUUUCUUCAUCACGCUCACUACACAUCUUGUAGUCCUGCUCUAUCUGCGCUUUUUGUGUCCGGUUGGUUCAGAAGAAGAAACUCAAAUUCCUCACAUCCAGUCUGAGAUUCACUGUCACUGCUCCACAAAAACAGUGAAGUAGUAUAUUUGAAAAAAAGUCAUUGCACAGAUUCGGUGUCCUGCUGCACUGGCAGAGCUGAACGCCACGCGAGGAUUGAAAUAUUAUAUUGGUUCUGUCAAAGUAUUCGCCCAAGAUGUGAAACUGAAAUGAAAUCCAAGUUACUUUUGACACAAAAUGUCAAUAGUCCUCAUCUUUCUGUGCUGUCGGAAAAAAAAGGUUUUCAUUCUCCUGCUUUUGAUUGUCGAGUCAAAACUGCAGCACAGAACGUUUAUUGUGACGCCUAUCCCUUACUCGUGCAUCAUCUAGUUGUGAUUUAUAGUUGCAUUCCAACAUUACAAAAUUAUCAAACUUGAGUAUCUGUUAUACACUGUGCAUGACAUCCUUUACGCCACCAUUAUUUAAGUGUCUUAGCUACUUGUUUUCUGAUUAUCAUCUUCUUUUUUUUCCGGAGGAGAGGAGAUUUAUCCAGUUGUGCCUGCAAAAUAUAACUUUUUUCCUUUUUCUUUCUGAGCGAUAAACAGCACGCUGCUGAUAUCCCAGAUGUCUGGUUUUGAAAUGCUGGGCCACGCCGUGCUGCAUCAAGGGAUUUUUAAAGGAACAAGCUUAAACACUUGAAAAAACUUCCUCUUGAAUUCAUGCAUGCUGCUUUUUUUUUCUGUUUACUGAGUUUCUCCUCCCUCCUUUAUUUUGCAGUACCCACUUUGUAAAUGACCGCAAUCAAAUAGCCAAUGAGUAACGGGGGUAAAAUUGUACCUGAAAGCUCUUGUGUGUUCUCCUGUAUGAAUGAAGAGAGAAUACAGUAUAUUACUGUAGGUGCUGACUCAAACUUUCUGAGUUUGACCAGAAAGUGUGACUUGGACAUUUAAUGCAAAAUGUAACAUAUGUGAAUAAAAUAUAAACACACUGA